AUGACAAUUCUCUAUAAAGUCCAAAAUCCUGGUGGCAAUAAGGAUGGCUACCUCUUGCAGAAUUGUGUCCUUUGUAAAAUCUCCGUGAAGAACCUGGUGGCCUAUUGUGUACAUCAGGGUCUGCAGAGCACAGUGUCGGUGUGUGACCUUGUUUCGCCAUGGCAAAGUUUUAAGAUCACCACCUCGAAAAAUAUAGUUUCCGUAUUGGAAUGGAAUCAAACGGGGGAAUUGUUGUUGAUUGGCUACAAGCAUGGUGUUUGUGAAAUAUGGAUGACGCGGAAUCAUGGCAUCAAUACCUGGAAAUUGGUGUACAAGGCAAAUUUGCCCUUUGAAGAAAUUAUCCAGGCGAAAUUUUUUCACAAUGGUAAACAAAUGUUUUUCAAUACCCAUAAGAAGGAUUUGCAAGCGUAUUCGGAUAAAUUUGAACGAUCUGAUUUUCGUCCAUCGUUAACACAUUUUGGUAACACUCCCGUGGAGGGAUGUUUUGUUUUAUCCUCCUCGGGGUUGAUGGGGGCAUUUUCUAUACCCCAGCUGUUGCCGCCAAUGUUUGAUGCAGCCGGUAAUAGUGCCCAGCCGACUGAGUUGAAUAUCCAUUCGUACAGUUUGGAGUUAUCUCGAACCUAUAUUACACACAGCUGUGUGGAUUAUAGUCCCAGUGGUACAUUUAGUGUGGUGGUGAACAGUUGGAAUGAACCAUUGAUAAACUGUUACAAAGUGGCCAUUGAAAAGGAAAAUCAAGAAUCUCUCGCCCUAAAAUGUGGUUCCAUGACAAGUGUUUUCUUUCAAAAGGAUGAAUUGGAAUCCAAACAGGUGUCGCAUAUCCGCUGGCGUUACAUCAACGGAGAAGAACUGCUCUUUGUGGUCUAUGAUUAUAUGGAUGGUAGUUUUUUGGAACAAUGGAUUUUGACGAAGAAACAUCAAGCGGUCCAUAAAUUGCUGCAGAAGAAUAAAACCGAUUUUGUGCAAUGGGAACAAUGGGAGCUGUCUGCGAAGCUGUCACUGACUUCCAAAGUUUGUGAUAUUUGUUUGACAAAGCUGCCCUCAGAUUCUCUGCUGAUAUUUGCCACCCUCAAGGAUUAUUCGGUGCAAGUAUUGGAAAUGGGCCUAAAGAAGUUGGCCUCACCUGUGGUAGAAAGAAUGCCCGAGGAUCAUCAAAGGGCACCAUGUAAACUAUUGGCCUCCGAUAUAACUUUUCUCAAUCAGUUGCUAAUUAUUUUCGAUAAUUUGGGCCAGAUGUAUGCCAUGCAGGUGCCGAAUCAUCAUUAUGAUAAAAAUUACAAAAUGAAUCCGCUUUCACUACCAGCAGCCCUUUUGGAAUACUCCAUUGUCACGGGCAUUGAUGCCAGUGAUGUGCUGAUGUUAAAUCUACCCAAUUUGGAGGUUUUGGCCGAAAAAAUCACCGAGAAUUUUACAAGGCAGCAUAAUUUUACCCGUCAAUAUUAUUACUCAAAUUUCCUGUCGCUGAAGAGCAACCUCUGUCGCAUACAAACCAAACAACAGGAUUUCGAUAAUCUCAUAACCCUACAUUCCAUUUCCAUUGCCUUUAAAAGUCUUCUACGACCCUCUGAUUUAAGUUCCCAAGAUAAGGGGCCGGCAGAAAAUCUCUCAAUGAUUUUAUCCGAUCCAAACCCUCAAUACAACGAUGUGGAUAAGGUGUUAUGUGUCCUGGAUGCCAAGGAUUUCACCGUGGAACCCACCACGCUACAAAGUCUCCAGCAGCUAAUACAAUGGGUUGCCGAUUUGGCACUCAGUAUUCUCAACAAACUACCCGAAGAUAUUAUGAAGGCAAAAUUCAACAAGAAACAUGGCUACGACAUCAGUCGUGAUAUGAUAGCCAUUAGCAGUAUCCGCGAGCUGUUGGUUAUGAUACGAAUUUGGGGACUGCUCAUUCCCCAAUGUCUGCCCAUCUACACAAAGUCAGUGGAAAAUUUUGAUGUUCUCCCCGUUCUCUUUCGUCUGCUAACACGUCUCUAUCAAAAUCCCAAUGAACCCGAUGAAGUCUUACUCGAUGAUUGUAGUGUCCUGUCGACACAGGUUCUUAUACCCAGUCGCCAUACAAACACACCCACAACACUAUUAAAUAAUCAUGCUACCGCAAAGUUGUUCCCAUUUGUUUUCCAAACAUCUGUUGAACCAUUAGCUUUGCAGGACUUGCACUAUGAUGAGGUGGUCUUCUCCAACAGUUGUCGUGAUGAUGUCAGUAAUCUACAUUUGGGUUCCAAAGUGAAAACCAUACGUAAAUGUAUACGCUGUGGCUUCAUCAACAACAUCAAUAAGACCGCAAAGACGGCAGCUCUCAAGGCCUGGUGCCAAAGAUGGCAGUAUUGUCAUUGUGGUGGUUUUUGGUUAACUGUUUGA